AUGAGAGAAGUGAGUAUUUCUUCUAAACCUGAUGAACCACUUGUCAAGAAGAUUCUGAGCGUAUCUGAGGAGUCGCGAUCAGAAGGGGUAAACAAUGAUGCUGGAAUUAGGGUUAGAUCUUCGAUUGAUUUGGAGUCGAUGAAGUUGAUUCCAGAAAAUAUUGCUAGUGUUGUAACUAACAAGAUACUGUCAGUUAAAUUCUUUCCAUCUGCAGAUAUGAGGAUGGUUGUUGCGGGGAACGUUUUUGGAGAUUUAGGGUUUUGGAAUAUUGAUUCAGAACCUACUAAAAAUGGUGAUGGGAUUUACAUGUAUCAUCCUCAUUCAGCACCUAUGUCAUCCAUUUGCAUUCAUCCAUUUUCCAUCAACAAGAUCAUUACAUGCUCUUAUCAUGGUUUUAUUCGCACAUUAGAUGUGGAGAAAGAGAUUUUUGAUUUGACAUAUUCUACCAAACAGGAGAUUUUUUCUAUGUCUCAGACAGCUGAUGAUGUGAACUCCUUGUAUUUUAGGGAAGGCAAAGGAGUUUUUCGUGUCCUGGAUGAAAGAUCCAAGAGCUCAUCAAUGACUUCUUACUUCUCUCCUUCAGGAAACCUUCUCGCUACAACAAGCACUGAUGAUAAGAUUGGAGUGGCAAGUGGAGCAAAUUUUGACGAUGAGUUCUCCGUGUAUCACGACAAUCAGACGGGAAAAUGGGUUUCGGUUUUCAAGGGUGGGAUGAUUCAUAUGUGUUUGUGGGAAAUAUGAAGAUAGGGAUUGAUGUGAUUUCAACACAAGAGGAGGAUUAUUACUAGUUUGAAGAGCCGACGUAUGGCUGUUGUACCAAGUCGUUUUGAUGCGCAUCCUUUGAUUCCUGGGAUGCUUGUUGGAUCGACAGAUCGAGGCCAGGUUUAUGUGUGGAGCUUAUAGUAUGUUGAUAUUAGUUUAGAUUUGGUUUGAGUUUAAGAUUUUGUGAAUCUUAUUUUUUGAUCUUUGACAAUGUGAUUUUUUUGGUGAUAAGUAGUAAACACCAAAGUAAAUAUGAAAUAGAAGAGAAAGGCAAUAGUUAAUUGGUUGAUCUUUAUGGUUUUAUACUUUUAUCCAUUUUUGUAAGUCUAAUAAUGCAAUCUUGAAAACUAAGAUGGAAUGGA